AUGGGAUCCAAUUCGACCACUUACAAGCAGAUGAAGGAGGACUUCGUGUCCAACCUCUCAGGGGGUCCUGUUGCCGAGAUCAACUAUGUGACCGCGGUUGGACCGAUUGCCUUCCUCCUCUGGUCCGUCCUGCAAUCACGCCAGUCCUUCUUCAAACCGUACAGGCACUUUAGCUUCCUGGUCGAUUUCCUCCUCAACGUCGUCGCUCCACUUCUCGCUAUAACGCUCUAUUCUGAUACGCCGCUGCUCCUCUGUGGCUUGUUCCUGGUUCCAGCCAUCUUCGUCUAUGCCCUCCCUCCGAACCCACCCAUAUCGAGGAAGAAGCCCAAGCUACCCCCGAGUACCCAAGUUCAGAAGUCGCCCGGGCAACAGGGUGUCUUGUCUACAAAGCCCUUUCUGACCACGUACCGGGGGUCUAUGCUGAUCUUGACAUGUCUAGCGAUACUAGCAGUCGACUUCAGGAUAUUCCCUCGGCGGUUUGCAAAGGUUGAAACAUGGGGCACCUCUCUGAUGGACGUAGGUGUCGGCUCAUUCGUAUUCUCAGCUGGAGUCGUGGCUGCGCGACCUGUGCUGAAAGAAAGAGCUGAUGGUCGCACCACCCCUCUGCACCAAAGAUUGCUAUAUUCGAUGCGACACUCCUUCCCUCUGCUGGUCCUCGGUGUCAUUCGCCUUCUAAGUGUCAAGGGGCUUGACUACGCUGAACACGUGACGGAGUAUGGAGUACACUGGAACUUCUUCUUCACUCUGGGGUUCUUACCCCCUUUUGUGGCCAUAUUCCAGUCGGCGCUGAAGGUCAUCCCCUCUUAUGCAGCAUUGGCCAUUAUGCUGGGGGUCAUCUACCAAUACGUCUUGGAGACCACCUCUCUCAAGGCCUUCAUUCUGAUAGCACCGCGAACAGACCUACUCUCCAUGAACAGAGAAGGCAUCUGCAGCUUCUUGGGCUAUCUGGCCAUAUUCCUCGCUGGACAAGACACUGGCAUGUUCGUUUUGCCCAGGAGCAUCAGCUCGCGCAGUGGAUCCAGCAACAGCCGUCAACGAGCGACACUGCUGCUGACCAUGGCCAUCUGGUCCGCCAUAUGGACAGCACUCUACUUCCUCACCACCAACUACCCUUACGGCGCGGGACUGGACGUUUCCCGCCGUCUGGCCAAUCUGCCAUACAUCCUCUGGAUUGCCGCGUUCAACACGGCACUGCUCCUGGGAUGCUGUAUCGUAGAGAGCAUCUUCUUCCCGAUGUUCUACAAUGCUGCAGAUACGAGAACAGAGCAAGAGGCAUAUGAGAUCGCAACCAGUAGAGUGUUGCGCUCUUACAACAGGAAUGGUCUGGCCAUCUUCCUCGUCGCAAACCUAAUGACAGGUUUGGUCAAUAUGACAGUACCCACGUUGGAUGUCGGUCCAAUAGGCGCGAUGGGGAUCUUGGUUGGUUAUGCUGCCGUGCUGACCUCCAUCGCCGUGGCCUUGGAUUCUUGGAACCUCUCUAUCAAGCUAUGA